AUGUCUACUGAAUUGAAUCCAAUUGAUAUGAAACAAUCAUCACCAACAACUGAUGAAUCCAUGAAAGUAGAUCUAAUAAAAAUGGAUGAUAAUUUAAAAUCAAAUAUUACAUGUGAAUUAUAUGAUACAUUAAUAGAUCCAGAAUGUAAAAAAUCUAAAUUAUCUGAUAUUUGGGAAACAAGUCAUACACCUCCAUUAGAAUGUCAAGAAUAUGAUUCGUUAAAAGUUGAAAAAAAAGAUCUAUACAAAGAUAUUACUACCAAUGUAGAUGUUGUUGUUGAUGAUGAUGAUGAUGAUGGUGAUAAUUUGAAAAAAUUCCAUGAUACAGAAAAAACUGUAUCAUGUUAUAGACAUACAGAUGAUUAUGAAAUAUAUCAUUCUAGUAUUGAAAAAGAUAUUUGUACAGAAUUGGAUAAUCCUAUGUACAUACCAAUUAAAUUACCAUUGAGUAGUAAUUUAUAUGUUCCAGUAUAUUAUGUACAGUCGAGUGAAGAAACUUCACCUAAAUUAAAUAAACAUAAUUUGGAUUUUAAUGACUCAAAUAAUAUCCAUAAGGAUUUUAUUAAUAAUAAUAAUAAUAAUAUCAAAUCAAAGGUAAGUCAUAAAUAUCGAUUAAAUUCUCAUGAUAACCUAAGUAAACAAGAUGAAUCUCAACGACUAAUUAGUGAUUAUCAUAUAAAUAUUAAUAAUCAGGGAUAUGAAAAUUGUUUAUCAAAAUAUGAUACAACUAAGCCAGAAUCUAAUCCUUAUGAUUUAGAAAUAUGUAAUGUACAGACAGAAUUAAAUGAACCAUUAAUGAAAAUAAAAUAUUCAGAGAAAUCAAAAACUAGUAAAUUGUUAUUAAAACAAAAACUACAUUUUAUGAAGCCAAAAUUAAAAAUGAAUAUGAAUAAUAAAGAAAAUGAAAUUGUUAUACCGGAUAGUCAGGGAAAAAUGACUGAUGAAAGUCAUAGAAUUGAAAAAAGACAAAAAAUUGGUUGUUCACCAAAACUUAAAUUUAAAAAACAUGAAUAUCGAAAUAGAAAGGAAACAGAAAUUAUGCAACAAAAUGAUAAACCUGUUGAGGGAGUUAUCAGUGGAAAACAAUACAAAAUUCCUGAUCAAGAUUUAAAUAAUCAACUUAAUGAACAUGUAUCAAUUGAAACAUCAGCAACGGAAAACAAAAAUGUGACAAGAAAAAUGAAAAUGUUACAUCGAAAGAAAAAUGAAGUAAAAGAAAACGAAAAACAGAUUUCAAAAGGAGUACAAAACAAAGAAAGACGAAUAACGGACAAUAGAGCAACCAAAGAAAAAAGAACGGAAGAUGAAAAACAGAAGAAACAAAAUCAGAAGAUAGAAACCAAGAAGAGAAAACGAAUGAUAAACCCAUGCGUCAAAUUAAAUACGACAAAAGAAAAUCAGCAAAAACAAAUGAAGAAAACCACAGAAGAAAGAAAAUCGCAACCAGAUGUAAAAGUAAAAAAAGAAAAACCAGGAGAAGCAAUACAAAAAGAGAAAAAACAUAUCGGGAGAAAAGAGUUCCAUUGGUCACCUAAUCUCUCAUUGCCAAAGUUGAAAGUGCAUGGACCAGAUUUGUCUGGAAAACUUCAUGCAGAUGCACCUGAUGUGGAUGUGAAUGUGACUGGUCCAUCUGUGGAGAUGCCAUCUCUGAAAGCCAGUGGUCAUUUGCCUACUGUCGAUGUGUCCGUUCCCGAUGCAUCGUUGGGAGGUGAUCUAUCCGGUAAGCUCGAUUUGGAGGGUGUCGGUGUGGGAGUUGUGGACGCCGAUUUGAAUCUGCCAGACCUACAGAUCUCAGGAAAUGUGAGUGCACCGUCUGUCGAGGGAGACCUAUCCAUGCCAGAUGUUUCCGCCAAUCUGGACACAGAUGUGAAACUGCCCAGUGUGCAACUGACUGGUCCAGAUCUCCGUGUACAUGGUGAGAUGCCGGAUGUGGAUGUGGGUGCUAAGGUGGAUGUGCCGAAACCACAUAUUUCAAUCAAGACACCGAAAUUCGGGUUCGGUCUGGGCAAGAAGAAGACGAAAGUGAAGACUCCAAAGGCUGAUGUGAAAGUGGAGGGUGGAGCAGGUGGGGAUAUAGAUUUGGAUGCCGGUUUGGACGCUCACUUAGAUGGUAAAGCAAGAAAGGGAGGUAAGAAGUUCCAUUGGUCUCCUAAGUUCGGGUUGCCGAAGGGUGGUCUGAAGAUUGGUGGAGGUGCUGGUGUUGGAGUGCCGGACACCUCGGUGUCUGUCUCAGGUACGACUGGUGGUGUGGAUGUGUCUCUUCCGAAACCCGAAUUCGAUGUCUUCAUGGAGGUUCCCGACGUUGGUGUGUCCGCCUCUGUGCCCGAAAUCGAUGUAUCAGGUGGUGAGUUGGGACUGACUGGGAAGGUUUCUGCACCCGGUGUGGAUGUCAGUGUUCCGUCGAAGAAGAAGAAGUUCACCUUCGGUUGGGGCUCGAAAGACAAGAAGGCGAAGAAGGUGAAGUUGCCCACAGUGUCGGGAGACGUGGAUGCUAGUUUGGAUGUGGGUGGAAAGGUUGAUGUUCCCAGUGUGAAGGUUGAUGUGGACUCAGGUGAUCGAGUCAAAGGUAAGAAGUUCCACUGGUCUCCGAAUAUCUCAUUGCCAAAGUUGAAAGUGCAUGGACCAGAUUUGUCUGGAAAACUUCAUGCAGAUGCACCUGAUGUGGAUGUGAAUGUGACUGGUCCAUCUGUGGAGAUGCCAUCUCUGAAAGCCAGUGGUCAUUUGCCUACUGUCGAUGUGUCCGUUCCCGAUGCAUCGUUGGGAGGUGAUCUAUCCGAUGCACCUGAUGUGGAUGUGAAUGUGACUGGUCCAUCUGUGGAGAUGCCAUCUCUGAAAGCCAGUGGUCAUUUGCCUACUGUCGAUGUGUCCGUUCCCGAUGCAUCGUUGGGAGGUGAUCUAUCCGGUAAGCUCGAUUUGGAGGGUGUCGGUGUGGGAGUUGUGGACGCCGAUUUGAAUCUGCCAGACCUACAGAUCUCAGGAAAUGUGAGUGCACCGUCUGUCGAGGGAGACCUAUCCAUGCCAGAUGUUUCCGCCAAUCUGGACACAGAUGUGAAACUGCCCAGUGUGCAACUGACUGGUCCAGAUCUCCGUGUACAUGGUGAGAUGCCGGAUGUGGAUGUGGGUGCUAAGGUGGAUGUGCCGAAACCACAUAUUUCAAUCAAGACACCGAAAUUCGGGUUCGGUCUGGGCAAGAAGAAGACGAAAGUGAAGACUCCAAAGGCUGAUGUGAAAGUGGAGGGUGGAGCAGGUGGGGAUAUAGAUUUGGAUGCCGGUUUGGACGCUCACUUAGAUGGUAAAGCAAGAAAGGGAGAUGCACCUGAUGUGGAUGUGAAUGUGACUGGUCCAUCUGUGGAGAUGCCAUCUCUGAAAGCCAGUGGUCAUUUGCCUACUGUCGAUGUGUCCGUUCCCGAUGCAUCGUUGGGAGGUGAUCUAUCCGGUAAGCUCGAUUUGGAGGGUGUCGGUGUGGGAGUUGUGGACGCCGAUUUGAAUCUGCCAGACCUACAGAUCUCAGGAAAUGUGAGUGCACCGUCUGUCGAGGGAGACCUAUCCAUGCCAGAUGUUUCCGCCAAUCUGGACACAGAUGUGAAACUGCCCAGUGUGCAACUGACUGGUCCAGAUCUCCGUGUACAUGGUGAGAUGCCGGAUGUGGAUGUGGGUGCUAAGGUGGAUGUGCCGAAACCACAUAUUUCAAUCAAGACACCGAAAUUCGGGUUCGGUCUGGGCAAGAAGAAGACGAAAGUGAAGACUCCAAAGGCUGAUGUGAAAGUGGAGGGUGGAGCAGGUGGGGAUAUAGAUUUGGAUGCCGGUUUGGACGCUCACUUAGAUGGUAAAGCAAGAAAGGGAGGUAAGAAGUUCCAUUGGUCUCCUAAGUUCGGGUUGCCGAAGGGUGGUCUGAAGAUUGGUGGAGGUGCUGGUGUUGGAGUGCCGGACACCUCGGUGUCUGUCUCAGGUACGACUGGUGGUGUGGAUGUGUCUCUUCCGAAACCCGAACUCGAUGUCUCCAUGGAGGUUCCCGACGUUGGUGUGUCCGCCUCUGUGCCCGAAAUCGAUGUAUCAGGUGGUGAGUUGGGACUGACUGGGAAGGUUUCUGCACCCGGUGUGGAUGUCAGUGUUCCGUCGAAGAAGAAGAAGUUCACCUUCGGUUGGGGCUCGAAAGACAAGAAGGCGAAGAAGGUGAAGUUGCCCACAGUGUCGGGAGACGUGGAUGCUAGUUUGGAUGUGGGUGGAAAGGUUGAUGUUCCCAGUGUGAAGGUUGAUGUGGACUCAGGUGAUCGAGUCAAAGGUAAGAAGUUCCACUGGUCUCCGAAUAUCUCAUUGCCAAAGUUGAAAGUGCAUGGACCAGAUUUGUCUGGAAAACUUCAUGCAGAUGCACCUGAUGUGGAUGUGAAUGUGACUGGUCCAUCUGUGGAGAUGCCAUCUCUGAAAGCCAGUGGUCAUUUGCCUACUGUCGAUGUGUCCGUUCCCGAUGCAUCGUUGGGAGGUGAUCUAUCCGGUAAGCUCGAUUUGGAGGGUGUCGGUGUGGGAGUUGUGGACGCCGAUUUGAAUCUGCCAGACCUACAGAUCUCAGGAAAUGUGAGUGCACCGUCUGUCGAGGGAGACCUAUCCAUGCCAGAUGUUUCCGCCAAUCUGGACACAGAUGUGAAACUGCCCAGUGUGCAACUGACUGGUCCAGAUCUCCGUGUACAUGGUGAGAUGCCGGAUGUGGAUGUGGGUGCUAAGGUGGAUGUGCCGAAACCACAUAUUUCAAUCAAGACACCGAAAUUCGGGUUCGGUCUGGGCAAGAAGAAGACGAAAGUGAAGACUCCAAAGGCUGAUGUGAAAGUGGAGGGUGGAGCAGGUGGGGAUAUAGAUUUGGAUGCCGGUUUGGACGCUCACUUAGAUGGUAAAGCAAGAAAGGGAGGUAAGAAGUUCCAUUGGUCUCCUAAGUUCGGGUUGCCGAAGGGUGGUCUGAAGAUUGGUGGAGGUGCUGGUGUUGGAGUGCCGGACACCUCGGUGUCUGUCUCAGGUACGACUGGUGGUGUGGAUGUGUCUCUUCCGAAACCCGAACUCGAUGUCUCCAUGGAGGUUCCCGACGUUGGUGUGUCCGCCUCUGUGCCCGAAAUCGAUGUAUCAGGUGGUGAGUUGGGACUGACUGGGAAGGUUUCUGCACCCGGUGUGGAUGUCAGUGUUCCGUCGAAGAAGAAGAAGUUCACCUUCGGUUGGGGCUCGAAAGACAAGAAGGCGAAGAAGGUGAAGUUGCCCACAGUGUCGGGAGACGUGGAUGCUAGUUUGGAUGUGGGUGGAAAGGUUGAUGUUCCCAGUGUGAAGGUUGAUGUGGACUCAGGUGAUCGAGUCAAAGGUAAGAAGUUCCACUGGUCUCCGAAUAUCUCAUUGCCAAAGUUGAAAGUGCAUGGACCAGAUUUGUCUGGAAAACUUCAUGCAGAUGCACCUGAUGUGGAUGUGAAUGUGACUGGUCCAUCUGUGGAGAUGCCAUCUCUGAAAGCCAGUGGUCAUUUGCCUACUGUCGAUGUGUCCGUUCCCGAUGCAUCGUUGGGAGGUGAUCUAUCCGGUAAGCUCGAUUUGGAGGGUGUCGGUGUGGGAGUUGUGGACGCCGAUUUGAAUCUGCCAGACCUACAGAUCUCAGGAAAUGUGAGUGCACCGUCUGUCGAGGGAGACCUAUCCAUGCCAGAUGUUUCCGCCAAUCUGGACACAGAUGUGAAACUGCCCAGUGUGCAACUGACUGGUCCAGAUCUCCGUGUACAUGGUGAGAUGCCGGAUGUGGAUGUGGGUGCUAAGGUGGAUGUGCCGAAACCACAUAUUUCAAUCAAGACACCGAAAUUCGGGUUCGGUCUGGGCAAGAAGAAGACGAAAGUGAAGACUCCAAAGGCUGAUGUGAAAGUGGAGGGUGGAGCAGGUGGGGAUAUAGAUUUGGAUGCCGGUUUGGACGCUCACUUAGAUGGUAAAGCAAGAAAGGGAGGUAAGAAGUUCCAUUGGUCUCCUAAGUUCGGGUUGCCGAAGGGUGGUCUGAAGAUUGGUGGAGGUGCUGGUGUUGGAGUGCCGGACACCUCGGUGUCUGUCUCAGGUACGACUGGUGGUGUGGAUGUGUCUCUUCCGAAACCCGAACUCGAUGUCUCCAUGGAGGUUCCCGACGUUGGUGUGUCCGCCUCUGUGCCCGAAAUCGAUGUAUCAGGUGGUGAGUUGGGACUGACUGGGAAGGUUUCUGCACCCGGUGUGGAUGUCAGUGUUCCGUCGAAGAAGAAGAAGUUCACCUUCGGUUGGGGCUCGAAAGACAAGAAGGCGAAGAAGGUGAAGUUGCCCACAGUGUCGGGAGACGUGGAUGCUAGUUUGGAUGUGGGUGGAAAGGUUGAUGUUCCCAGUGUGAAGGUUGAUGUGGACUCAGGUGAUCGAGUCAAAGGUAAGAAGUUCCACUGGUCUCCGAAUAUCUCAUUGCCAAAGUUGAAAGUGCAUGGACCAGAUUUGUCUGGAAAACUUCAUGCAGAUGCACCUGAUGUGGAUGUGAAUGUGACUGGUCCAUCUGUGGAGAUGCCAUCUCUGAAAGCCAGUGGUCAUUUGCCUACUGUCGAUGUGUCCGUUCCCGAUGCAUCGUUGGGAGGUGAUCUAUCCGGUAAGCUCGAUUUGGAGGGUGUCGGUGUGGGAGUUGUGGACGCCGAUUUGAAUCUGCCAGACCUACAGAUCUCAGGAAAUGUGAGUGCACCGUCUGUCGAGGGAGACCUAUCCAUGCCAGAUGUUUCCGCCAAUCUGGACACAGAUGUGAAACUGCCCAGUGUGCAACUGACUGGUCCAGAUCUCCGUGUACAUGGUGAGAUGCUGGAUGUGGAUGUGGGUGCUAAGGUGGAUGUGCCGAAACCACAUAUUUCAAUCAAGACACCGAAAUUCGGGUUCGGUCUGGGCAAGAAGAAGACGAAAGUGAAGACUCCAAAGGCUGAUGUGAAAGUGGAGGGUGGAGCAGGUGGGGAUAUAGAUUUGGAUGCCGGUUUGGACGCUCACUUAGAUGGUAAAGCAAGAAAGGGAGAUGCACCUGAUGUGGAUGUGAAUGUGACUGGUCCAUCUGUGGAGAUGCCAUCUCUGAAAGCCAGUGGUCAUUUGCCUACUGUCGAUGUGUCCGUUCCCGAUGCAUCGUUGGGAGGUGAUCUAUCCGAUGCACCUGAUGUGGAUGUGAAUGUGACUGGUCCAUCUGUGGAGAUGCCAUCUCUGAAAGCCAGUGGUCAUUUGCCUACUGUCGAUGUGUCCGUUCCCGAUGCAUCGUUGGGAGGUGAUCUAUCCGGUAAGCUCGAUUUGGAGGGUGUCGGUGUGGGAGUUGUGGGACGCCGAUUUGAAUCUGCCAGACCUACAGAUCUCAGGAAAUAUGCACCUGAUGUGGAUGUGAAUGUGACUGGUCCAUCUGUGGAGAUGCCAUCUCUGAAAGCCAGUGGUCAUUUGCCUACUGUCGAUGUGUCCGUUCCCGAUGCAUCGUUGGGAGGUGAUCUAUCCGGUAAGCUCGAUUUGGAGGGUGUCGGUGUGGGAGUUGUGGACGCCGAUUUGAAUCUGCCAGACCUACAGAUCUCAGGAAAUGUGAGUGCACCGUCUGUCGAGGGAGACCUAUCCAUGCCAGAUGUUUCCGCCAAUCUGGACACAGAUGUGAAACUGCCCAGUGUGCAACUGACUGGUCCAGAUCUCCGUGUACAUGGUGAGAUGCCGGAUGUGGAUGUGGGUGCUAAGGUGGAUGUGCCGAAACCACAUAUUUCAAUCAAGACACCGAAAUUCGGGUUCGGUCUGGGCAAGAAGAAGACGAAAGUGAAGACUCCAAAGGCUGAUGUGAAAGUGGAGGGUGGAGCAGGUGGGGAUAUAGAUUUGGAUGCCGGUUUGGACGCUCACUUAGAUGGUAAAGCAAGAAAGGGAGGUAAGAAGUUCCAUUGGUCUCCUAAGUUCGGGUUGCCGAAGGGUGGUCUGAAGAUUGGUGGAGGUGCUGGUGUUGGAGUGCCGGACACCUCGGUGUCUGUCUCAGGUACGACUGGUGGUGUGGAUGUGUCUCUUCCGAAACCCGAACUCGAUGUCUCCAUGGAGGUUCCCGACGUUGGUGUGUCCGCCUCUGUGCCCGAAAUCGAUGUAUCAGGUGGUGAGUUGGGACUGACUGGGAAGGUUUCUGCACCCGGUGUGGAUGUCAGUGUUCCGUCGAAGAAGAAGAAGUUCACCUUCGGUUGGGGCUCGAAAGACAAGAAGGCGAAGAAGGUGAAGUUGCCCACAGUGUCGGGAGACGUGGAUGCUAGUUUGGAUGUGGGUGGAAAGGUUGAUGUUCCCAGUGUGAAGGUUGAUGUGGACUCAGGUGAUCGAGUCAAAGGUAAGAAGUUCCACUGGUCUCCGAAUAUCUCAUUGCCAAAGUUGAAAGUGCAUGGACCAGAUUUGUCUGGAAAACUUCAUGCAGAUGCACCUGAUGUGGAUGUGAAUGUGACUGGUCCAUCUGUGGAGAUGCCAUCUCUGAAAGCCAGUGGUCAUUUGCCUACUGUCGAUGUGUCCGUUCCCGAUGCAUCGUUGGGAGGUGAUCUAUCCGGUAAGCUCGAUUUGGAGGGUGUCGGUGUGGGAGUUGUGGACGCCGAUUUGAAUCUGCCAGACCUACAGAUCUCAGGAAAUGUGAGUGCACCGUCUGUCGAGGGAGACCUAUCCAUGCCAGAUGUUUCCGCCAAUCUGGACACAGAUGUGAAACUGCCCAGUGUGCAACUGACUGGUCCAGAUCUCCGUGUACAUGGUGAGAUGCCGGAUGUGGAUGUGGGUGCUAAGGUGGAUGUGCCGAAACCACAUAUUUCAAUCAAGACACCGAAAUUCGGGUUCGGUCUGGGCAAGAAGAAGACGAAAGUGAAGACUCCAAAGGCUGAUGUGAAAGUGGAGGGUGGAGCAGGUGGGGAUAUAGAUUUGGAUGCCGGUUUGGACGCUCACUUAGAUGGUAAAGCAAGAAAGGGAGGUAAGAAGUUCCAUUGGUCUCCUAAGUUCGGGUUGCCGAAGGGUGGUCUGAAGAUUGGUGGAGGUGCUGGUGUUGGAGUGCCGGACACCUCGGUGUCUGUCUCAGGUACGACUGGUGGUGUGGAUGUGUCUCUUCCGAAACCCGAACUCGAUGUCUCCAUGGAGGUUCCCGACGUUGGUGUGUCCGCCUCUGUGCCCGAAAUCGAUGUAUCAGGUGGUGAGUUGGGACUGACUGGGAAGGUUUCUGCACCCGGUGUGGAUGUCAGUGUUCCGUCGAAGAAGAAGAAGUUCACCUUCGGUUGGGGCUCGAAAGACAAGAAGGCGAAGAAGGUGAAGUUGCCCACAGUGUCGGGAGACGUGGAUGCUAGUUUGGAUGUGGGUGGAAAGGUUGAUGUUCCCAGUGUGAAGGUUGAUGUGGACUCAGGUGAUCGAGUCAAAGGUAAGAAGUUCCACUGGUCUCCGAAUAUCUCAUUGCCAAAGUUGAAAGUGCAUGGACCAGAUUUGUCUGGAAAACUUCAUGCAGAUGCACCUGAUGUGGAUGUGAAUGUGACUGGUCCAUCUGUGGAGAUGCCAUCUCUGAAAGCCAGUGGUCAUUUGCCUACUGUCGAUGUGUCCGUUCCCGAUGCAUCGUUGGGAGGUGAUCUAUCCGGUAAGCUCGAUUUGGAGGGUGUCGGUGUGGGAGUUGUGGACGCCGAUUUGAAUCUGCCAGACCUACAGAUCUCAGGAAAUGUGAGUGCACCGUCUGUCGAGGGAGACCUAUCCAUGCCAGAUGUUUCCGCCAAUCUGGACACAGAUGUGAAACUGCCCAGUGUGCAACUGACUGGUCCAGAUCUCCGUGUACAUGGUGAGAUGCCGGAUGUGGAUGUGGGUGCUAAGGUGGAUGUGCCGAAACCACAUAUUUCAAUCAAGACACCGAAAUUCGGGUUCGGUCUGGGCAAGAAGAAGACGAAAGUGAAGACUCCAAAGGCUGAUGUGAAAGUGGAGGGUGGAGCAGGUGGGGAUAUAGAUUUGGAUGCCGGUUUGGACGCUCACUUAGAUGGUAAAGCAAGAAAGGGAGGUAAGAAGUUCCAUUGGUCUCCUAAGUUCGGGUUGCCGAAGGGUGGUCUGAAGAUUGGUGGAGGUGCUGGUGUUGGAGUGCCGGACACCUCGGUGUCUGUCUCAGGUACGACUGGUGGUGUGGAUGUGUCUCUUCCGAAACCCGAACUCGAUGUCUCCAUGGAGGUUCCCGACGUUGGUGUGUCCGCCUCUGUGCCCGAAAUCGAUGUAUCAGGUGGUGAGUUGGGACUGACUGGGAAGGUUUCUGCACCCGGUGUGGAUGUCAGUGUUCCGUCGAAGAAGAAGAAGUUCACCUUCGGUUGGGGCUCGAAAGACAAGAAGGCGAAGAAGGUGAAGUUGCCCACAGUGUCGGGAGACGUGGAUGCUAGUUUGGAUGUGGGUGGAAAGGUUGAUGUUCCCAGUGUGAAGGUUGAUGUGGACUCAGGUGAUCGAGUCAAAGGUAAGAAGUUCCACUGGUCUCCGAAUAUCUCAUUGCCAAAGUUGAAAGUGCAUGGACCAGAUUUGUCUGGAAAACUUCAUGCAGAUGCACCUGAUGUGGAUGUGAAUGUGACUGGUCCAUCUGUGGAGAUGCCAUCUCUGAAAGCCAGUGGUCAUUUGCCUACUGUCGAUGUGUCCGUUCCCGAUGCAUCGUUGGGAGGUGAUCUAUCCGGUAAGCUCGAUUUGGAGGGUGUCGGUGUGGGAGUUGUGGACGCCGAUUUGAAUCUGCCAGACCUACAGAUCUCAGGAAAUGUGAGUGCACCGUCUGUCGAGGGAGACCUAUCCAUGCCAGAUGUUUCCGCCAAUCUGGACACAGAUGUGAAACUGCCCAGUGUGCAACUGACUGGUCCAGAUCUCCGUGUACAUGGUGAGAUGCCGGAUGUGGAUGUGGGUGCUAAGGUGGAUGUGCCGAAACCACAUAUUUCAAUCAAGACACCGAAAUUCGGGUUCGGUCUGGGCAAGAAGAAGACGAAAGUGAAGACUCCAAAGGCUGAUGUGAAAGUGGAGGGUGGAGCAGGUGGGGAUAUAGAUUUGGAUGCCGGUUUGGACGCUCACUUAGAUGGUAAAGCAAGAAAGGGAGGUAAGAAGUUCCAUUGGUCUCCUAAGUUCGGGUUGCCGAAGGGUGGUCUGAAGAUUGGUGGAGGUGCUGGUGUUGGAGUGCCGGACACCUCGGUGUCUGUCUCAGGUACGACUGGUGGUGUGGAUGUGUCUCUUCCGAAACCCGAACUCGAUGUCUCCAUGGAGGUUCCCGACGUUGGUGUGUCCGCCUCUGUGCCCGAAAUCGAUGUAUCAGGUGGUGAGUUGGGACUGACUGGGAAGGUUUCUGCACCCGGUGUGGAUGUCAGUGUUCCGUCGAAGAAGAAGAAGUUCACCUUCGGUUGGGGCUCGAAAGACAAGAAGGCGAAGAAGGUGAAGUUGCCCACAGUGUCGGGAGACGUGGAUGCUAGUUUGGAUGUGGGUGGAAAGGUUGAUGUUCCCAGUGUGAAGGUUGAUGUGGACUCAGGUGAUCGAGUCAAAGGUAAGAAGUUCCACUGGUCUCCGAAUAUCUCAUUGCCAAAGUUGAAAGUGCAUGGACCAGAUUUGUCUGGAAAACUUCAUGCAGAUGCACCUGAUGUGGAUGUGAAUGUGACUGGUCCAUCUGUGGAGAUGCCAUCUCUGAAAGCCAGUGGUCAUUUGCCUACUGUCGAUGUGUCCGUUCCCGAUGCAUCGUUGGGAGGUGAUCUAUCCGGUAAGCUCGAUUUGGAGGGUGUCGGUGUGGGAGUUGUGGACGCCGAUUUGAAUCUGCCAGACCUACAGAUCUCAGGAAAUGUGAGUGCACCGUCUGUCGAGGGAGACCUAUCCAUGCCAGAUGUUUCCGCCAAUCUGGACACAGAUGUGAAACUGCCCAGUGUGCAACUGACUGGUCCAGAUCUCCGUGUACAUGGUGAGAUGCCGGAUGUGGAUGUGGGUGCUAAGGUGGAUGUGCCGAAACCACAUAUUUCAAUCAAGACACCGAAAUUCGGGUUCGGUCUGGGCAAGAAGAAGACGAAAGUGAAGACUCCAAAGGCUGAUGUGAAAGUGGAGGGUGGAGCAGGUGGGGAUAUAGAUUUGGAUGCCGGUUUGGACGCUCAGUUAGAUGGUAAAGCAAGAAAGGGAGGUAAGAAGUUCCAUUGGUCUCCUAAGUUCGGGUUGCCGAAGGGUGGUCUGAAGAUUGGUGGAGGUGCUGGUGUUGGAGUGCCGGACACCUCGGUGUCUGUCUCAGGUACGACUGGUGGUGUGGAUGUGUCUCUUCCGAAACCCGAACUCGAUGUCUCCAUGGAGGUUCCCGACGUUGGUGUGUCCGCCUCUGUGCCCGAAAUCGAUGUAUCAGGUGGUGAGUUGGGACUGACUGGGAAGGUUUCUGCACCCGGUGUGGAUGUCAGUGUUCCGUCGAAGAAGAAGAAGUUCACCUUCGGUUGGGGCUCGAAAGACAAGAAGGCGAAGAAGGUGAAGUUGCCCACAGUGUCGGGAGACGUGGAUGCUAGUUUGGAUGUGGGUGGAAAGGUUGAUGUUCCCAGUGUGAAGGUUGAUGUGGACUCAGGUGAUCGAGUCAAAGGUAAGAAGUUCCACUGGUCUCCGAAUAUCUCAUUGCCAAAGUUGAAAGUGCAUGGACCAGAUUUGUCUGGAAAACUUCAUGCAGAUGCACCUGAUGUGGAUGUGAAUGUGACUGGUCCAUCUGUGGAGAUGCCAUCUCUGAAAGCCAGUGGUCAUUUGCCUACUGUCGAUGUGUCCGUUCCCGAUGCAUCGUUGGGAGGUGAUCUAUCCGGUAAGCUCGAUUUGGAGGGUGUCGGUGUGGGAGUUGUGGACGCCGAUUUGAAUCUGCCAGACCUACAGAUCUCAGGAAAUGUGAGUGCACCGUCUGUCGAGGGAGACCUAUCCAUGCCAGAUGUUUCCGCCAAUCUGGACACAGAUGUGAAACUGCCCAGUGUGCAACUGACUGGUCCAGAUCUCCGUGUACAUGGUGAGAUGCCGGAUGUGGAUGUGGGUGCUAAGGUGGAUGUGCCGAAACCACAUAUUUCAAUCAAGACACCGAAAUUCGGGUUCGGUCUGGGCAAGAAGAAGACGAAAGUGAAGACUCCAAAGGCUGAUGUGAAAGUGGAGGGUGGAGCAGGUGGGGAUAUAGAUUUGGAUGCCGGUUUGGACGCUCACUUAGAUGGUAAAGCAAGAAAGGGAGGUAAGAAGUUCCAUUGGUCUCCUAAGUUCGGGUUGCCGAAGGGUGGUCUGAAGAUUGGUGGAGGUGCUGGUGUUGGAGUGCCGGACACCUCGGUGUCUGUCUCAGGUACGACUGGUGGUGUGGAUGUGUCUCUUCCGAAACCCGAACUCGAUGUCUCCAUGGAGGUUCCCGACGUUGGUGUGUCCGCCUCUGUGCCCGAAAUCGAUGUAUCAGGUGGUGAGUUGGGACUGACUGGGAAGGUUUCUGCACCCGGUGUGGAUGUCAGUGUUCCGUCGAAGAAGAAGAAGUUCACCUUCGGUUGGGGCUCGAAAGACAAGAAGGCGAAGAAGGUGAAGUUGCCCACAGUGUCGGGAGACGUGGAUGCUAGUUUGGAUGUGGGUGGAAAGGUUGAUGUUCCCAGUGUGAAGGUUGAUGUGGACUCAGGUGAUCGAGUCAAAGGUAAGAAGUUCCACUGGUCUCCGAAUAUCUCAUUGCCAAAGUUGAAAGUGCAUGGACCAGAUUUGUCUGGAAAACUUCAUGCAGAUGCACCUGAUGUGGAUGUGAAUGUGACUGGUCCAUCUGUGGAGAUGCCAUCUCUGAAAGCCAGUGGUCAUUUGCCUACUGUCGAUGUGUCCGUUCCCGAUGCAUCGUUGGGAGGUGAUCUAUCCGGUAAGCUCGAUUUGGAGGGUGUCGGUGUGGGAGUUGUGGACGCCGAUUUGAAUCUGCCAGACCUACAGAUCUCAGGAAAUGUGAGUGCACCGUCUGUCGAGGGAGACCUAUCCAUGCCAGAUGUUUCCGCCAAUCUGGACACAGAUGUGAAACUGCCCAGUGUGCAACUGACUGGUCCAGAUCUCCGUGUACAUGGUGAGAUGCCGGAUGUGGAUGUGGGUGCUAAGGUGGAUGUGCCGAAACCACAUAUUUCAAUCAAGACACCGAAAUUCGGGUUCGGUCUGGGCAAGAAGAAGACGAAAGUGAAGACUCCAAAGGCUGAUGUGAAAGUGGAGGGUGGGGCAGGUGGGGAUAUAGAUUUGGAUGCCGGUUUGGACGCUCACUUAGAUGGUAAAGCAAGAAAGGGAGGUAAGAAGUUCCAUUGGUCUCCUAAGUUCGGGUUGCCGAAGGGUGGUCUGAAGAUUGGUGGAGGUGCUGGUGUUGGAGUGCCGGACACCUCGGUGUCUGUCUCAGGUACGACUGGUGGUGUGGAUGUGUCUCUUCCGAAACCCGAACUCGAUGUCUCCAUGGAGGUUCCCGACGUUGGUGUGUCCGCCUCUGUGCCCGAAAUCGAUGUAUCAGGUGGUGAGUUGGGACUGACUGGGAAGGUUUCUGCACCCGGUGUGGAUGUCAGUGUUCCGUCGAAGAAGAAGAAGUUCACCUUCGGUUGGGGCUCGAAAGACAAGAAGGCGAAGAAGGUGAAGUUGCCCACAGUGUCGGGAGACGUGGAUGCUAGUUUGGAUGUGGGUGGAAAGGUUGAUGUUCCCAGUGUGAAGGUUGAUGUGGACUCAGGUGAUCGAGUCAAAGGUAAGAAGUUCCACUGGUCUCCGAAUAUCUCAUUGCCAAAGUUGAAAGUGCAUGGACCAGAUUUGUCUGGAAAACUUCAUGCAGAUGCACCUGAUGUGGAUGUGAAUGUGACUGGUCCAUCUGUGGAGAUGCCAUCUCUGAAAGCCAGUGGUCAUUUGCCUACUGUCGAUGUGUCCGUUCCCGAUGCAUCGUUGGGAGGUGAUCUAUCCGGUAAGCUCGAUUUGGAGGGUGUCGGUGUGGGAGUUGUGGACGCCGAUUUGAAUCUGCCAGACCUACAGAUCUCAGGAAAUGUGAGUGCACCGUCUGUCGAGGGAGACCUAUCCAUGCCAGAUGUUUCCGCCAAUCUGGACACAGAUGUGAAACUGCCCAGUGUGCAACUGACUGGUCCAGAUCUCCGUGUACAUGGUGAGAUGCCGGAUGUGGAUGUGGGUGCUAAGGUGGAUGUGCCGAAACCACAUAUUUCAAUCAAGACACCGAAAUUCGGGUUCGGUCUGGGCAAGAAGAAGACGAAAGUGAAGACUCCAAAGGCUGAUGUGAAAGUGGAGGGUGGAGCAGGUGGGGAUAUAGAUUUGGAUGCCGGUUUGGACGCUCACUUAGAUGGUAAAGCAAGAAAGGGAGGUAAGAAGUUCCAUUGGUCUCCUAAGUUCGGGUUGCCGAAGGGUGGUCUGAAGAUUGGUGGAGGUGCUGGUGUUGGAGUGCCGGACACCUCGGUGUCUGUCUCAGGUACGACUGGUGGUGUGGAUGUGUCUCUUCCGAAACCCGAACUCGAUGUCUCCAUGGAGGUUCCCGACGUUGGUGUGUCCGCCUCUGUGCCCGAAAUCGAUGUAUCAGGUGGUGAGUUGGGACUGACUGGGAAGGUUUCUGCACCCGGUGUGGAUGUCAGUGUUCCGUCGAAGAAGAAGAAGUUCACCUUCGGUUGGGGCUCGAAAGACAAGAAGGCGAAGAAGGUGAAGUUGCCCACAGUGUCGGGAGACGUGGAUGCUAGUUUGGAUGUGGGUGGAAAGGUUGAUGUUCCCAGUGUGAAGGUUGAUGUGGACUCAGGUGAUCGAGUCAAAGGUAAGAAGUUCCACUGGUCUCCGAAUAUCUCAUUGCCAAAGUUGAAAGUGCAUGGACCAGAUUUGUCUGGAAAACUUCAUGCAGAUGCACCUCUUCCUAAUAUUCAUUUAAUAGACUCUGUACCUAAUGUUCUUUCUUCUUCUAGUGUUUCUUCUUCUGUUCCUUGUGUUGAUGUUUCCCCUGGUUACGUUCUUCCUGAUUCUUGCUUAUCUCCCGAAUUCGUGCAAUCUUAUGUGCGUGAUUCUGUUGUUAUUGUUUCUGAUUCUGGCAUUAUUUCCCCUGUGGUUAAUUUCAGUCCUGCUGUCGUUUCUUCGCCUUCACCUUCUGAUCCAUUCGAAUCUGUUGAUUUCCUUCCUGUCGUUGAGGAACCUGUUAUUUCACCAUUUUCCUCACCUGAAUUUUGUGAAUCCAGUACUCUUCCUUCUCGAAUUUCUCCUCGAAAUGCUUUUCAGGAUAUAGAUGAGAGCUUUUCAUCUCCUGUUGAUUCUGGUUUUAAUGGUGACAUUUCUAAUGAUGAGGCUGAAAUUGAUGAAAUUUUUAUUGUUCCCAUUCAAACCGAUCGUGUCCUACCGAAAGAGCAAUAUUUUACAGAAUCACAGGACAUUGUAGGUGCUGAAGCUGAAGAAGAAUCGUAUUCUCCAACUCAGAAUUUGAAUGCAUCAAAUGGGAUAAAAUCUGAUGAAAUUAAAUUACACAGUCCAUUUCAUAUUUUGAAAUCAAAAAAACAUGAUAAAGAUUCUGCUCAUCGAGUGAAAGUCAUCGAUGCCAACGACCAAAUCUCAACAAAUACUGAAAAACUUAAUGUUAAUAAUACUCUUUAUAGCAUCCCUGAUGGUUCAGGACGUAUUACAGUUGACAGCAAGUCUAAGAAAAAGGUGAAAUCUCAUCAUAAGAAACCACACAUAUUCGGUGGUCAAAUAUCGACUGAUGAAAUUAUUUCAGAUACUCCCAUGAAGCUGGAUCAUCAUGGAGACUACCACGACCUAAUAGGAGUAUCUGUUUCUGGUCAUAAUGCUGAUCUUGCUUUAACUCCUCGGCGUUCUCCUAGUAAACUCAGAGAUCCCUCUAUUCGGAAAACGUGGCAUGGUGCAAGAGAACCCUAUUCUGACUUUGUAGGAAGUCUCAAUUCAGACCAAGAUGAAUACACUUUAACCGAAGAUGUUUCGGUUAGUUAUCUACAACCAAGGUCAACCACAAAAUCUUCAAAUAACAAUUCAUUAAACGCUUCUGACUUUCUUCGACGUAGUAUAGGAAAUUCAACAAAACGCCGCCCUUGGAGCACUUUAGAAUAUCCACCACCUGGGUGUCAUUUUGUAGACGAUGAUUACAUGUUUCCAGAUGCUUUAACACCGACUAAAAUUCCAAGUUUUCGAGCAAGCAAGGAAAUAGUUUAUGAUGUUCCAUAUAUCGACGAUAAAGCCAUUCCACGUUAUGAACCUGAAUGGCCUAUAGGUGAAUCAAGAAGAACUUUGAUAUCUCAACUCUCGCAGAAUAGUGGCAGUAUUGUUCGAAUGACAGCUGAGGAAGAAAGCAGUCUUAUAUCACUUGAUACUAAACUCUCCGAUCAUCAGAAUAUAUCCAAAAGAAUAAGUCGAUUUACAUCACAUCUAUUGAAAGGUAACAAAUCUUCAUUGGAACAAGAUGAUGAUGUUUCAAAAUCUCGAUCGAAAAGUUUAACUCGAUUAAAAACAUGGUGGUCUAAACGUGGUUCACCGCAUAAAUGAAACUUGACAUCUUAUAACAGUAAUAAUGUUAUUAAUCCAUUUAUUUCCAAUUCACUUUUGUUCUAAAAAGACAACCAGAAAUUGUAUUGAUCGAAAUUUACACACAAAAAUGUUUUCCCAAUUUUUCAACUUUAUGUCUCCUCAACUAAUCACCUACUAUUAAUUUGCUGCAUUAUUCUAUCAGAAUAACCAUCGAUUCAGCAUCUACAAUAAUAAUGAUAAUUAUUAUCUAAGUAUAUUUCGUUUGCAUGGAGUCCUAAAUGGCUUGAAAUUCAACUAUUAAUUAUUUAAUAGCUCUACCCAACUCCACUUUCAACUUCUGUUAUUGAAGUUAUCUUAUCUUUUAUUCAUCAACCCAGUUAUUACUAAUCAAAUUAAUUGAAUUCAUCUGUUAUACAAGAAUGCCAUAAUGAUGAUGAUGACGAUGAAAUAUAUUAUCUGGAACAGUGUCCUAUAUUAAUCUAAUCCCUAUAUCCAAAACCUGACCCCCACCUCAUCCCACCCCCAUUCUUGAUCUUUGGAAAAUAAUCACCGUUAAAUGUAUUUGUGUGUGUGUGUGUAUAUAAUAUGUGAGUCUAUAUUGAGAGAGAGAGAAAAAGUUUGAAAAUGACAAGGGAAGUAACUAAUGUUUCAAACCAUCCUGAAUAUAUAUAUAUAUACAUACAUAUAUAUUAACUUUCGAAUUUCUCUUUACAAACUUAUUGUUGUUCUUAAUUAUUUGUUAAUUAUUGUCAACCUAAUUUUAUUGCUUUGAGAAAUAAUAUGCACAUAGUGAUUUUUUUUUUAAAAUUUGAAUAAAACUUCUCAAUAAACCUAAAAAACAAUCAGUAUCUUUUUGAAAGUAACCAUGGAAACAAAACAAAUUUCUUUUUCGUCAGUUAACCAACUAACUAAUUGUUAUUAUUACUACUACCAAUCUUGAAGAGAUAGUAUCCAUAUAUAUAUACAUAUACAUAAGUAUAUGUUUCAAUGUACAUGUAUAGAAACAAGAAAAUCAUUGUAUUUGAUUAGAAAGAACACAAAAUUAAUUUUAUUGAUCAGGUUUGGUUUGAACGUUUCGUUAAGCAAUAAUGUAUUGCUUGAAAUAUUCUUUUCUAUUUACGAAUAAACAAACAAAAAAGAAGCGAUGAUUUCCACUAUUCGAAACUUAUUCAACAAAUAAGUCUGCUUGAAUGAUCAACUAUAAUAAUAAUAAACACUGUAGAAUCUAUCACUGAGCUCAAUACAAAAUAAAGAAUCUAUUGAGAUUUUUGUUAAAUUCUUUCUUAUUAUUGAGCAGAUGUAUGCACACACACACACACACACACACCUCUACACUAAUUGCAUCUCACUAUAAGCUUUCUUUAUGUAAAAAAAAAGCCAAUAGGUGAGAAUAUGAAUUUUUUAUUGGUGAUGAUGAAAAUGACAAUGAUGAACCACUUCCUCAUCAUCUGAUCACGUUGAAUCUUUUGUAUUUGUUGUCUUGCCUUACCAAUAAUUUUGUAUUCAUCCCACCCCAAUUUUCCAUUUGUGUUUUUUUAUCCUCAAAAACUUGCCUUGUCUUUUAAAUCUAGAAAAAAAUAUAUAUUUAUCAUAUCUUUGUUGCUAAAUAAAAUGCUUUUACAGUACACAUUGUUAUUAUUAUUAUUAUCGCCAAUGCUACCAUCAUGUGGAGAAUCCCAACAACGGAAGAUUCUGUUAAAUGUUCAAAAGCUUUAGUUAGAUAUUUUUUUUAUAAAUCACUAUGGAAACCGAUAUUCUUUGCCAACUGUAGAAUUUCGUCUCAAAAUGAAUUGAAAAACAGAAUUACUAUAAUUACUAUUAUUAUCUGUUUUGAAACAAACGAGAGAAGAACAAAAAAGAACAAUACAAUAUUCAAUCUCUUACAAUGUUUGUUUAGAAUCUGUUUUGUUUUUGUGUUGUCCUUUAUUUAUAUUACACUUUCUUUUGGAGCUUUUUUGUUUGUAUUGUAACCUCAGAGAUAUCUAACAACUGCUAAUGCGACCAUUAUCUGUUGAUGUUUAUAUCAUAUCCCAAAACUAAACAAUAUGGCUCUCUCUCUAUAUAUAUAUGUCUGUUUAUCAACGUGUAAUUUAUGAAAUGAGCACUAUCAAAUGUCUAGAUAUUAUUAGUGUUGUAUACAUGUGCCUAUUUGUAUAACUGUCUCUUUCUCUCUGCCCACUUACCCUGACUCUUAAUAUGUAUAAAUAUGAAAACUAACGUGGCAUUUUUGUGAAUUUUAAUUAAGUUCAUAUUACUUAUGUCAAUUAUUUGUCUUCCUACCAAUGGACCUCAUUGUUAUGUUACCAGUAAUAAAUCAAUCUGGGAGGAAAUUUGAAAGAAAAAUAAACUAAUUUGUUCCACACUUACACAAAUACACACACAUACAAACAAGAAAAAAUAUAUAUAUAUAUGCUUACAGUUUCAUAUAAUAUACAAGUCAAAAUUGAAUAAAUGGAUGAAUCAAUGAACUCAAAUGAUGUAAUCUCCUCCCAUAUAUAUUUCAUUUGCAUAUUUGCUUACAAUGUUAUUAUUUAUACUUAAAAUUCUUUUCAUUUUGAGAAAUAUUUUCUUGUUACCAUUAUUUUCUAUAAUACUCUUUUUUUUAUUAUUAUUUCAAAGUAUAUUGUAUACGAUUAAAAUAAUGAAGCAAAACGCAGUCAUCAUCAUCAUCAUCAUCAUCACCAUAGUGACUAGUAAUACAACCCUUGGAUAAAUUGUUAAUCAUAAUGAUGACACAGCGGCAAUGACAUAAACUCAACUCAAAUAAAUAAAUAAAUAAACAAAUAUGAAUAUCCCUCCUAUUUGUGAUUCAAUUAGUCAUGUGAAUUUUGAUUGUUCACAAUUGUUAUUAUUACUAUUAUUAUUAUUAUUAUUAUUAUUGUUA